AUGGUUACAGCUGCACCCACUGCAACUCUUGAACCUUUCUAUCGAUCAGCUUUCACCUCUCUCAACAGUUUGGCUGUGACAGAAUUCAGCUCUGGAUCCAUCAUCAAUACUCUGAAUUUAGCAUUCAGCUCCCCCUCUGUUCCUAAUAUCACGGAGAUUGGCACUGUUUUGAUAAAUGCUGCGCAAAACAUCACAGCUUUCAACAUUGACCCCUCCUCAGUGAAAGUCAACAGCACAGCUGCUCCUGCAACAAGUACUGUUCCUCCUGCAUCUUCUGUUACAACCCCUGUGGCUGGUACGACCACCACAACAACUGGAGAACCUGUCACUGUACCGGCUACCGUUCCUACAACUAGGCCCACAACUACAACCACUACAUACGUGGCCCCCACAACUACAGUGUCAAGGACAACAUCACCACUGUCAACAACUACCAGCACAGCUCCAACUACCACAACAACCAAUGCACCAACCACUACUACAACACCUACUACUACUACUAGUACAACCACUACUACAACACCUACUACUACUACUAGUACAACAACAACUACAACUACAACAACAACUGUACAUCUCCAACCUGCUCCACUGGUGUCUUUCGUCAUACAACAAGUGUUUGUAGAAGCUUUAAAUGACCCUCAAAGUACACAAUUCCAAGAACUUGCAGUAACUAUUACUGCAGUGUUUGAUGUGAUCUACAAAGCAAAAUAUGGGAUCCUUUUCAUCCGGACAAUUGUUCUUGGAUUCAGACCUAUUUUACGUUCCCGUAUGGAUGUAAAAACACAGGCGGAGGUACAACUGGUGUUCAACGAGACCUCCACUCAAUCUGUCCCUGAGCUUACUGACAUUAGCGAUACACUGAAAGAGGCUGUGACCAAUCCAAACAUUACCUUUGGCAACCUCUCUGUGGAUGUUACCACCAUCAUUGUUAAAGUGCCCACCACAAAUAUCACAACAACUACAACGGCUGCUCCUGUCAUCCCAACUGCCAUCAUCACAACCACAACCACUGAAACUACCGCUGUGGCACUCACUAAGGUGCCUGUGGUGUUCAGGUCCAGAGGAGAGACAUUUACCUCUGACCUAUCAAACCCAUCUUCUCAGGCCUUUCAAAGCCGAGCAUUACUGAUUAAAACUCAGGUUGAACCUUUCUAUCAAUCAGCUUUCACCUCUUUCAACAGUUUGACUGUGACAGAAUUCAGCUCUGGAUCCAUCAUCAAUACUAUGAAUUUAGCAUUCAGCUCCUCCUCCGUCCCAAAUUCCAAGGAGAUUGGCACUGUUUUGAUAAAUGCUGCCCAAAAAAUCGAAAGUUUCAACAUUGACCCCUCCUCAGUGAAAGUCAACGGCACAGCUGUGACCUCAAGUGGAGUAAGCAGCAAGACCAGUCUCUUCACAGCAUUCUUUCUGGUGGUUCUGUCUCUGCUACUGUCAAGUCAGCAUUAGUCUCAGUGGUAACGCCCACUUGGUAGUCAUAUUUUCACUUUGAGAACUUCCCACACAUUCCAAACCCUACCCCAAUUCCACCUAUGAUUGGAAUAGUGUUCAAAAAUGAAAUGAAGUCUUGUAAGCUGACAUAAGAUACAGUCUAUGUGGCAGUUGAACACAACGAUGUGAUAUAAUUACUGCCUAUUCAAUCAAAAUGUGUAAGUGCAUGGGUUUCCAUCAUAAGUCAAUGUUAUUUCCAUGCAAUGACAAAGCAUGUUUGAUUUAAUAUGCACUUAAGGUUAUUGUUGAUUCACUCUGUUGCUGAUAUGAACUAAAACAUUGAUUCGCUCUGUUGCUGAUAUAAACUAAUGAGAGCAUCAUUUUAUUUUCUAGUUUGACUUCUAUUUUGAACCGGUGAAACCUGAAUAAUGGAUUUAAAUAAAGCACUUGGGAGCAAAAUGUUCAACGAUUUAAACAAUUAUGAAUGUAGUCUUCAUCAUGUAUCUGUUUUACCAUAUAAUGUAAUUCUGUUAUCAAUAGUCCUGAUAUUGUGCCAGUGUAAGGUUGUCUGCUUUUUCUGGAAGUAUACAAUCUGUAAUACAUGUCUUACUGUUGUGACGAUUCGGGCCAUUAUGGUGUUUACUAUUUUUUAACUAAAUGAAUGGAAUGGAUGACAAGGUACCGAAUGGCUCCAAUUGUGAUGUUUAUCUGGCUUUACAAAACUGGAAGAACAAGACUACACUAGAUCAGCCCCACAGGCUCACGUGGUACACAGUGAGGGAGUGUUGUGCCCCACUGGUCUGGACAGCAGUUAGUUAUUCGCUCUCCUAGAGAUCGAGCUUUGAUUGGUUCUCACGUGCGAGAUAUUUGCUUGCAAAAUGCCCCUCGCUUCCUAAUCAGUUCGCCUCGCCCCAACUAGAUAUAGACAAACAGGUAGCUAGUUCAUGAUUCUUUCAAUUUGUAAAGGGAAUACCAGGUUAGCAUGCCACUUUGAAGACGCAGCCCCUUCAUUAUCAAUGGAACAUGCCGACAACAUCAAAGAGUCUUCCCAGACUCUGGAGUAAAACAGAUGUGUAUCUUCGCCAGACAAACACUAGAUGCCAUUCCACAAUAAUGGCUCA